UGUGCCUGCCGGACGCGGAGGCGCUGCUGGGAGCGGAGCUGCCCCAGGUGCCGGAUACAAACUCGGCGGCAGCGGCGGCAGCGGCGGCCGCUGAGCUAACAGUAACUGAAGACAGACAUCAUGUCUCGAGCACGGCAGCCCCCACUUGUAACUGGCAUCUCUCCCAAUGAGGGCAUCUCAUGGACAAAAGUGACAAUUAGAGGAGAAAACUUGGGAACUGGGCCUACAGACCUCAUAGGUUUAACAAUCUGUGGGCAUAACUGUCUGCUAACUGCUGAAUGGAUGUCUGCCAGUAAAAUCGUGUGUCGAGUGGGACAAGCUAAAAAUGAUAAAGGGGACAUUAUUGUCACUACAAAGUCUGGUGGCAAAGGAACUUCAACUGUUUCUUUCAAACUGCUGAAGCCUGAAAAAAUAGGUAUCUUGGAUCAGUCUGCUGUCUGGGUGGAUGAAAUGAACUACUAUGACAUGCGCACUGAUAGGAACAAAGGGAUUCCCCCCUUGUCCCUACGUCCAGCUAAUCCACUUGGUAUUGAGAUAGACAAGGGAAGAUUUCCUCAGAAGGAUUUAGAGGCACUGUUUCCUGGGAUGAGUGCCGAUUUUACCAGUGAAAACUUUUCUGCUGCCUGGUACCUGAUUGAGAAUCAUUCAACAACAAGUUUUGAUCAGCUCAAAAUGGCAGUUGUGAAUCUGAAGAAACAAGCCAGUAAGAAAAAUGAGGGAAGUCUAGCUUACGUGAAAGGUGGUCUCAGCACUUUUUUUGAAGCACAAGAUGCUCUGUCAGCAAUCCAUCAAAAACUGGAAGCAGAUGGAACGGAAAAAGUAGAAGGAUCCAUGACGCAAAAACUGGAGAAUGUCCUGAACAGAGCCAGUAACACAGCAGAUACCUUAUUCCAAGAAGUGCUGGGUCGCAAGGACAAAGCUGACUCAACAAGAAAUGCACUUAAUGUCCUUCAGCGUUUUAAAUUUCUUUUCAACCUUCCCUUAAAUAUUGAAAGGAAUAUCCAAAAGGGUGAUUAUGACGUGGUUAUUAACGACUAUGAAAAAGCCAAAUCGCUGUUUGGAAAGACAGAGGUUCAGGUAUUCAAAAAAUAUUAUGCUGAAGUUGAAACCAGAAUUGAAGCUUUAAGAGAACUUCUGUUGGAUAAGCUGCUUGAAACUCCAUCAACAUUGCAUGAUCAAAAACGUUAUAUAAGAUAUCUUUCUGAUCUUCAUGCGCCUGGGGACCCUGCUUGGCAGUGCAUUGGUGCUCAACAUCAAUGGAUUCUGCAGCUCAUGCACAACUGUAAGGAGAGCUAUGUUAAAGAACAAAAAGGCAAUUCAGUGCUCCAUAGCCCAAUGUUAGACCUGGAUAGUGAUGUGCGUCCAUCUCCGAUUGGCCAUCUCAGUCAAACUGCUUCACUGAAAAGGGGCAGCAGCUUUCAAUCUGGCCGCGAUGAUGCUUGGCGAUAUAAAGCUCCUCAGCAAGUUGUAUUUGUUGAAAAGUUGACAAAACUUGUUGUAAGCCAGCUGCCCAACUUCUGGAAGCUCUGGAUUUCUUAUGUGAAUGGAAGCUUAUUCAGUGAGACUGCUGAAAAAUCUGGCCAAAUGGAAAGAUCGAAGAAAAAUGCUAGGCAAAGACAAAAUGAUUUCAAGAAAAUGAUUCAGGAAGUGAUGUACUCAUUGGUAAAACUUAUCCGUGGAGCUUUGCUUCCAUUUAGCCUCAGAGAAGGAGAAUCAAGACAGUAUGGUGGCUGGGAGAUGAAAUCUGAACUUUCUGGCCAGUGGUUAACACAUGUCAUCCAGACUGUGAGGCUUAGUUCUGAGUCACUUACUGCCCUUGAGAUACCCAAUGACAUGCUUCAAAUCAUCCAGGAUCUUAUUUUGGACCUUCGUGUGCGUUGCAUUAUAGUGACCUUACAACACACAGCUGAAGAUAUUAAGAGGCUAGGAAAAGAAGACUGGGUUGUUGACAACGAAGGUUUGACAUCUUUGCCAUCCCAGUUUGAACAGUGCAUUAUCCAUUCCUUACAAUCUCUUAAAACUGUGCUGGACUGCAAACCGGGAGAGGUCAGCGUUUUCCAGCAACAGAAAACCCAGGAGGAUGUGUGUCAGCUAAGCAUUGGUAUCAUGCAGGUUUUUAUAGACUGUUUGGAACAACUGAGCACAAAAUCUGAUGGUGACAUAGACACAUCACAUCUUUCAGUUGAUGUUUCAUCUCCAGAUUUGUUUGGAAGCAUUCAUGAAGACUCAAGUCUUUCUUCAGAGCAAAGGCUUUUAAUUACACUCAGCAACUGCCGCUAUCUGGAACGUCAUACCUUCUUAAAUAUAGCUGAACAUUUUGAGAAACAUGGCUUUCAAGGAGUUGAAAAAAUAACUCAAGUUAGCAUGGAAUCUUUGAAAGAGCUGGACCAAAGACUUUUUGAAAUGUACAUUGAAUCUAAGGCAGAUCCUAUAGUUGGGUCAUUAGAACCUGGCAUUUACGCAGGAUAUUUUGAUUGGAAAGAUUGUCUUGUUCCAGCAGGUGUCAGAAACUAUUUGAAAGAAGCAUUAGUGAAUAUCAUUGCUGUGCAUGCAGAGGUAUUUACCAUUUCCAAAGACUUAGUUCCUCGGGUAAUGUCAAGGAUUGUUGAAGCAGUCUCCGAAGAAUUGAGUCGACUGAUGCAAUGUGUUUCAUCCUUCAGUAAAAAUGGAGCUUUACAGGCAAGACUUGAAAUCUGUGCUUUGAGAGAUACAGUGGCCAUAUACCUAACGCCAGAAAGCAACUCAAGCUUUAAACAAGCUUUGGAAGCCUUACCUCAGCUCUCAAGUGGAACAGACAAGAAGUUACUAGAAGAGCUACUAAACAAAUUUAAAAGUAGCAUGCACUUGCAGCUGACCUGCUUUCAAGCUUCUUCAUCAGCAAUGAUGAAAACAUAGACAGCAACACAAUACAGGGAUCUUGAAAGGUGAAUAUGGAUCAACAUCACCCAUUUCCCUGUACUGCUUCUAUUCCUUUGAGCACUCUGAAGAAAAGAGGAAUUUCAUUGAAAAAGAAAUGAUGAGAUACAACUCAGAAUAAUGAUAUGUGGUAUCCUGUUGAAUUAGGGUUCCAUUCAUAAAUAUCAGGAUAAUGAUUUUCUAUCUACUAUAUUGCAUUCUGUGGCAUGGAUUAAGCCAGUCUGGUUUACAUACAUUCUUGUUGACUACACAUGUGUGAAGAAGUCUUCAUUUAUGUGCUGCAAUGUCAGUUUCAUUUGUUAAAAUGCAUUUAAAUAUAUUUCAGUGCAUUAAUUCUUACCUUCCAGAUGUAGAGUGAUACUGAUGUAAGUGAUUGGAAGAGUCAGCUUCUGUAAACUGUUGAGAAGCAUAAAAUAAACAUUACUACUUACAGAUGACAAAUAAAUAUUCAAAUAUAAUAUGCAAAAGGAUACUGCUUCUUUUACAUUAAAAAAAUUUCUGCUAUUAUCUACAGUUUUAGUGGUCAUAAGCCUGAUUUCUUGGGAGUCUUUAUUUACUUGCCUCUUUCUUAAUCAAACAGAUCUGUCUGUAUUAUUUUUCCUUCAUUCUGAAUAUUGACGUUAAGAUUCAUUUCUGAAAUAACCUCACCUGUCACUGGAAAUGAACAGAAAAGCACUCUGAGUUUAUAAAUGUAAGAUUAGUAGAAUUUUUUUAAAUGUUUAAAUAAAAUACUAUUUAAUGUUACAGAGUAAAAUAGCAAAUAGCCUGUUGCAUAGUCAGAGGCAAGUAAGGAAGAGUACAUUAGUUCUAUAGCUUCCUUCUUUCUUGUUUUGUUUUGUCUUAUUCUUACAUACAUACUACCACUGUCUUCCUCUUCCCUCUUGUUAGUCAGUCCUCUUUUCACCAUCACUUACUGAAUUUUUUGGAGGAAAAUAGGUAUUCAGGAGGAGAGAAGAAAAAUUUUGCUGCCACUAACAUAUAAUUACAGAAAGGUCAAGAACUGCCUUUCCAGCUAACAGGUGGGACCAGAUUCAACACUGACAUGCAUUCUGGGACUUAAAUACAGGAAGCUAUAAUAGAGAGCAACUAAUAUAAAAUUGUUUUGUUUGGGGGAGCUUUUUAAUUUUUUUAUCUGAAGUUGUGACUCACACAUUAAAUAAAUUGUGCAGUAACAA